UCUUCACGUCACAUUUUAUAUAGUCACCACUCACCAGUCCGUAGUUUUGUCAUUAGCAUGCUGACUUGUUGAAGACGACCAUCGUGUUGGAAUUGUUGGAAGUCAAUUAUAUUAUUUAUUUAGUAAUUAUAUUAAUAAUUCAAGUGAACAUAGAAUUUGUCGAAAAAAUAUGGCAGAUACUCACGGAGAUAAUCACAACACGUACAAGUGAUUUUGAUUUAUUAAUAGUAACGUAACUUAGACAAUUACAUAGAUAAAUACACGUUUAAUUUUAAGUACUAUAUAAGACUGUAGAGUAGAUUAUUAGUCACAAUGGACGAUAGUAUGAAACUUCGUCAAAUGGAAGAUGAGAUGAGUCGGUUUGAGGCCGAAAUAGGAGGACAGUUGGUUCCUUCUUUAGGACGGCCUGUAAUUGGAGCGAAUACAUACAACCAAGUAGCAAGACAACUAGAACAACAUGAAAUACCAGCUAGUGUUACAACAUUAGCUGCUGCAGCAACUGCAGCGUCAUUAGCUUUUCCUCCAAUGCUUGGUUUCCCACCUCCACCACCACCACCUCCACCACCUCCAGCUCCAAUGAUGAUUCCAGCACAGGUUGCUAGACAAAAUACAGUUCCUAUUUCAACGUACUCAUCCCCAGCACAAAUAACUACUUCUUUUAUAUCAAAUAUAGUGGAUCCAUGUCUAAGUGCUACUCCUAAAACUUAUGAAUCAGCACCUGCGACUCCAAUUAUUCAUCCAGAAAUAAUAGAGAAAAUUAUAAAUACAAAAAUACCAGAAGAUGAUUCUAAGAAAAAGCCAAAGGUAAAAGGUGUAAGCACUGCUGCUGAAUUAGCUAUUAGUCAAGGAAAAGCUAGUUCAAUCAUGGCUAAUGCUAGUGCAGAAGAGUCUCAUCCGAAAGGAAAAGGCAAAAAAAACAAAAAAAUAAUUAGGACAGCAGGUGGUCAAACAUGGGAGGAUCCUUCAUUGCUUGAAUGGGAUGAUGAUGACUUUAGAAUAUUCUGUGGCGAUCUGGGCAAUGACGUCACCGACGAGAUGCUUGUUCGUGUUUUUGGCAAAUAUUCCAGCUUCCAGAGAGCUAAGGUCGUCCGAGACAAGCGUACCAACAAGACCAAGGGCUUUGGCUUUGUUUCCUUCAAGGAUCCUCAAGAUUUUAUCAGGGCAAUGAAAGAAAUGAACGGUCGAUAUGUUGGUUCCAGACCCAUCAAAUUACGUAAAAGUAAUUGGAAACAACGAAAUUUGGAGAGUGUUCGGAAAAAAGAAAAGGAAAAACAAAAUCUAAUCGGGCUUUUGACUGGAAGAUAAAAGAAUUGAAAGUUUGAUCCAUGUGCGAUAAUAUGAAUUUUAAUCAAAUUGGAGUAAAUCUACAUAAUUGUGUGACUCGCAUUUCAAUCAAACGUGAUUUAAUAUAUUUUAUAAAUAUAAGGUUCGAUUUUUAAAAUGAUGCUAUAUCACAAUGAGAAAUUAAUUAGAUUUCGUUUUCAUAAUCACGGUGAAUUGAUACAGGCACAUCAAGGCGAAUUAAUAGUGUUAGUAGCAAAAUGAUCAGCGUUAAUUGCUAUGACUUCCUUAAAUUUAAGA